UUGGAGUAGCUACUGGUUGUGCAACAUGGAAGAAGUAAUGGAAACGCAAAACGCGGCGGAGGCUGAGGACAACUUCACCAUGAUUUUUCGCACGACUAGCAAACGGGGCAAAAAGCGGCGGGCGGAAGAGCAGCAGCUGGAGGGCCAGGAUAGCGGUGGCCAGAUGGAUAUUGAGGGGCCCAUGCCCCAAAAGAAACCCGUUUUUCCUCCUUUGUCUGGGGACACAUUCUCGGGUGUCCAAGGUGAAAUGAGGAAAAUUCCAGUGCCUGCCAACAGAUACACCCCAUUAAAAGAGAACUGGUUGAAAAUAUUUACUCCUGUUGUAGAACACCUGGGACUUCAGAUACGAUUUAACUUAAAGUCAAGAAAUGUAGAAAUCAGGACUUGUAAGGAAACCAAGGAUGUUAGUGCUCUGACAAAAGCUGUUGAUUUUGUGAAGGCUUUUAUUCUUGGAUUUCAGGUGGAGGAUGCACUUGCUCUCAUUAGGUUAGAUGAUCUCUUCCUAGAAUCUUUUGAAGUGACAGAUGUAAAGCCUUUAAAAGGAGACCACCUUUCAAGGGCAAUAGGACGAAUUGCUGGGAAAGGAGGGAAAACUAAAUUUACCAUAGAAAAUGUGACUCGAACACGGAUAGUUUUGGCUGAUUUGAAAGUUCAUAUCCUUGGGUCUUUCCAAAAUAUUAAAAUGGCAAGAACAGCCAUCUGCAACCUCAUUCUCGGAAGUCCUCCAUCCAAGGUCUACGGUAACAUUCGAGCUGUGGCCAGCAGAGCAGCAGAUCGAUUUUAAUUUCAAAAUCAAGGACUUCCUUUUUGAAGGUGGAGAUUAGACUACAGUGAGAAGGCAGCAAGUGUUGAGCAAAGAAGCAAUAUUUGUUGUUAAGCCAGAGAAAUCUUUUUCUAUCCUCAUUCAGAAACAAAAGGAAAGCCAUUUUUCUACAGUUACUCUGAUACCACAGACUUAAAAUCUUUAUAUUUAAAUAAUAUGAAAGCUAUUAACUUAUCUUUUUUUUUAGGUAUAAUGUACCUAAUUGUCUACUCAGUGCUAGAGUAGACCCCCAAAUGGGUUUUCCAGGCACAGGGCCUGGAGUCAGUCAGAUCUGAGUUUAAAUUUGGCCUCAAUACAUUUUUAGUUAUGUGACCUUGAGCAAAUCACAGCCUGUCUGCUUCAGAUUCCCAAUUGUAAAAUGGGGAUCAUAAUAGCACCUACCUCACAGGGUUGUUGUGAGGAUUAAAUGAUAUCUUUGUAAUGCCAAGUUCCUGGCAAAUUGUGUUUUAUUUUAAUAAAUACUUUUUAGUCUCCCUCCUCUUCAA